UAUCUUCCUUGUUAUAGUGGUCUGAAAACCAUAGAGUUGGUCAGCAUCAUGAGAAAAACAACUAUGUUAUGGUUUUUGUUUCUAGUAGGGUUUUGCGCGGCGUACAAACCUGUUGUUUUUAUUCAUGGUUUCAAUGGUACCUCGGAAGAUGGAGACCUCAUCAAAGAUAUCAUUCAAAAGAUGCAUCCAGGGACCCUUUACUACACAGCGAAUGCUUUUAAUAGAACCGAUACGGUUAAACCAUUAUGGGAAGAGGUGGCGAUCGUAAAACCACAGCUUGUGAAAUACAUGAAGGCCCAUCCCGAUGGAAUCAAUUUGAUAUGUUACUCACAAGGUGGGUUGGUAUGCCGAGGCUUACUCUCCACGAUACCAGAUCAUAACGUGGAUACUCUGAUCGCAGUCAGUUCCCCGAUGGCGGGAAUGUAUGGAGGUUUCAAAGGUCUUCCGGGAUUUGUUAAGCGCAAUGCAUAUAGAUUGCUUUACAGUAAAAUGGGGCAAAGAAUUUUUCUAGGAAACUACUGGAAAGACCCUCAUCAUUUAGAUCUUUAUGAAAAAUUUUCCGAUUUUCUGGCUCCACUGAACAACGAAUCAGUUUCUCCACACAUAACAGAAUUUAAACGCAACUUCCUGCGGAUAAAGCGGAUGGUUUUGAUUGGAGGUCCUGACGACGGUCUAAUUUGUCCAUGGCAAUCCAGUCUCUUUGGGUUCUACGAUGAAAAUGAAAUUGUUCAAGACAUGAAGAAGCAACGGUACUUUAUAGAGGAUUCCUUCGGACUUCGUACUAUGUCCGAACAGAAAAGGCUAUUUUGGUACAACAUUAAAGGUAUCGUUCACAAACAGUGGGUCAGGAACCCGGAUGUGAUCAAGAGUGUCUUUAUGAAGUGGUUAAACUAACUAUUUAUAAAUGUCAGUUGAAAAUGUUUAACGUCUCUGAUUUGUCAAAAUAAAGGCAUGAAGUAUUUUUAUCAUGUACACAAGAUGUUUGCCAAAUGUCAAUAUGAUUUCAUAUAUAUUGGUCACCAUUAGGUGUAUGUAGAUAAUGUAUUUCAAAUGCCAUCAUAUGUCCGCUAUCAAAAAUAAAUUAUGCAUGCAGCAUUUUGAAAUGAUUUAAAAUGGCAAAUACUGAAUCUUUUUUUAAUCAUGAAAAGUGUGUAAUUGAUAUUCAAAUGUUAGUUUUAUAAACUCAUUCACACUCUUAAGGUUUUAAAAUAUUUCAAAUUCAACUUUUAAAGUUUUGAAUAUCAUAUUUUUAAAAAAUGUGUAUAGUUUUUGUAAUAUACACUGUAUGUAGAAAUUUUCCAAUAUGAAAAUGUAUUCAACUCAACCAUGUACAUAGUUCUUGUUGAUGCUGAUCAGUCCCGGGCCUCAAACAGUAAUUGUUUUAUAAUAAUUUUUAAAUCACACCAAAUAGGUGCUCAGACAUCGAGCAGUACUGUUGCAAAACUGUGGUUUUCUGGAGUGUUUAAUAGCAUCCUACCUAUUAAAAAAAAUACUGUUUUUCAUUAUUUGAUUUUUGAAACAUGGUUUAAAUGAUAUACAUUUAAAGUCGGUUUCCUUGAAGUACAAAUGAACUUACUGCGAAGGAUACAAUAGUAUGUAAUUUUACAUUCAGUGUAAGAUGCUUUGCAUAUAAUUAUGUUGAGUACAUACUCGUUUGAUUAAAAACUGAAGAAAAAAACUGAACUUUAUUUAUUUUACAACGAUUGAUAAGCAAGUUCUACAACUUAUAUUAAUAUCUCUCGUUGGCACGGAUGUUAGCGCGAGGGGGCCAUUGGUGUGGGAAGAAGCCGGAGUUCCCGGAGAGAACCCACGUGUCCAAGCGGGCGACCACCACACCCUAUCACAUACCACCACUGUCGAUCACGGGGAUCGAACUCGGGUCGCAGCGGUGACAAGCGAGUGCAUUGUCCACUACGCUAGUUAGACACGUUGGAUUGAACGCAUGGCAACAGCAAGGGCUGCAAUUUGAAUAUUUAUGCGACAAAUUUCGUAAGCUUAUAUGAAGUUUACUAGAUGUAUUCAAUCAAAUCUGAACACAUUGCACUGUAAACACUCCGGAAUUCAGACAAAAGGUAAAGAAAUAAUCAUUAUGGAGUUCUCUGUAAAAUCAAUUUUAAUAUUUUUUUUAUUGUAUAGUUUUUAGGUAACUUUUAAAACACACGUCACUUUUAAAUCAAUUUUAAUAUU